AUGUCGUCGGAAGAGUUGCACCUCUUGACGUUGCGUCUCGUGUCGUUGCGUGCUCAAAAGACAAAUGUGUUCCACUUGUACAAGAUGAGUAAUAAAGCACACGACACGAGCUCGCGACGCCGUUUCAAGGUAUGCAUGGGUAGAAAUGCUCGUCCUGUACCCAAGUGCAAGUUCUACACGCUCUCAAUCGACUGA